AUGGCCGAAAAGCUUACCGACGACCAGGUCGCAAACCUGAUGACCAUCUUGCGAAGCGACAACAUCCACUUCGACACCAAAGUCCAGUAUGUCAAUACAAUCAAAUCCGGCAUCAAGCAGCACAACGUCCCCGAGACCUGUAUCCCCCAGCUUUUCGAAGGCCUCCGGAGCGCCUCCGCCUCGCAGCAUGUCGCGCUGGCUACCGCUGGCUUCACAGCACUCAAUCACCUCUUUACGCGCAUGUCGCGCCAGGAGCCCAAACAUCUGGCUAAAGAGGCGGCGCGAACGCUCCCUCUUGUCGUGGAGAAGCUGGGGGAUUCAAAGGAUAAGCCUCGCGCAUUGGCGAUGCUGAGUCUCAACACGCUGUAUACCGUUGCCCCCGCCGACGUAGAGCGCUCGAUUCGAAAUACAGCCAUGGUGGGCAAAAAUCCGAGAGCCAAGGAGGCGUCUAUGCAGUGGCUUUUGGAGACUCACCAGCAACACGGACUGCCGUUUCGAGGAUAUGUUCCAAUACUGAUGGAUCUUCUGGAAGAUGCGGACGGAAUGGUCCGAGAUACUGCUAAAAGCACCGUUAUCGAACUCUUCAAGAAUGCUCCUGGAGCUGCGAAAACCGAUUUGAAAAAACAACUGAAGAACUUCAAGGUUCGACCUGCCAUCGAGCAAGCCAUCGUGAAAGCUCUUGUACCCACCGGUGCCCGCUCAGACGCCGUGCCAGAUCGACCCACUACGCCCAUGGUUGAUCCUCUGGCCGAAUCCGUUGAACCGCAAUACGUUAAUACCCAUCGCGAAUUGGACGACCUCUUUAGGGAUAUGGCUCCUUAUUUUGAAGGAAAAGAAUCUGAGCAGAAUUGGAUGAAGAGAGAGCAGAGCACUGUGACAUUACGGAGGCUGGUGGCUGGCAAUGCCCCGGCUGACUUUUUGGACACAUUUGCCGCUGGUUUGAAGGUAUUGCUAGACGGCAUCAUAAAGGCUGCUACCUCACUGCGUACAAGCUUGUCCAAAGAAGCCUGCAGUUUAGUCCAGGAAAUUGCCAACACGUUCGGGCCCGCUAUGGACCCUCUGGUCGAGCUUCUCAUGCAAACGUUUAUGAAAUUGUCUGCCAAUACCAAGAAGAUUACCUCUCAGAUGGCCAAUUCUGUUAUAGACGCCAUCUUAAGCAAGGCCACAUACACUCCUCGUCUCAUGCAGCACAUUUGGGGUGCAGUUCAAGACAAGAAUGUUCAGCCUCGAACAUACGCCGCUGGAUGGUUAAUAACAAUAAUAAGGAAGGAAGCUCAUCACAAAAAUCACAUUGAACAUUCUGGCGGUGUCGAUUUGAUAGAAAAGUGUAUCAAGAAGUCUCUAAGUGAUGCUAAUCCUAGCGUCAGGGAAAAGAUGAGAGCGACCUAUUGGACAUACUGGGGCGUAUGGCCAGGAAGAGCAGACGCAUUCAUGGCAGACUUGGAACCGACUGCCCAAAAGCUGCUUCUCAGGGAUCCAAAUAAUCCAAACGCUGGAAAGAAAGUAGAAGCACCGGCUGCUACAUCCAGGUUGGGAUCAGGAUUCUCGAGGAGCGCCAAUGCGGCCAGCAGCAAACCAAGUCUACGGGAGACUAUGAUGGCUCAAAAGAAGGCCGCGCUGAGCGCAAGGAGCAUACCAAGCCGACCUGGCUCUGCUAUGUCCACAUUCUCUGCUGCCUCUUCUAAUAACUCGAGUAGCCAACUUAGCACGGCGACCGCGUCGAAACGGCACCGAGCCGAGCCUGGUACAAUUUCAGUCAACGCAGGUGGCAUGUCCGUGGCGCCUAUGCGGCCAGCCAAGAGGCGGCCAGAGGUAGCUCGCCCUGCAACGGCUGGUCCUUACUCUGUUCGAGACCAGCCGUCGUCCGUAGAGGCCCAUAGCCCAGAGGGGCCCAAGUCCAAAUUUGCAUCCUCAUCGUCAUCAACAUCAUCGACCAGGCCCGAGAGGAUCAGAGAGACUACGCCCCAAAGGCCAUCAUCACGGGCCCAUCAUGGGUCUCAUGCAAGCGAGUCGAGUAUUACAUCCCCAACAACCAUGCGGCCGACUGGAAUACCAUCGCCACGCGCUAGCCCAGCCAGACUUCGGCAUUCUCAAACGAUAAUUCAUACACUGAGCCCAACCAGAGCAACUGAUGAUCUCACAUUGGUAGUGCCCACACUUUCUAGCAUGCAGUCGGCUUCAGCAAGGUUAGAGUCGCCACCACAGCCAUUGUUUGCCCGUGCCUCACCAACCCCUGUCCUCCCCGCUGAAAUCCCUUUAUCUCCUCGCACUGAGCUACCUACUCGGACAUUGAGGGUAUACGAAGACCCUUUUACCGACGACGAGCCAACUCCAAGACAGUCUCUUCCUUCUGCUCCUGUUUUGGAGGAGAGGACAAUCAACGAAGAUGCUGCCAACAUUCAGAGGUCGACAUUGCCACCUCUAUCAGAUGAGGUAGAGUUUCAGGAGAAGAACGGACAGAACGCCCGUCUCUUGGACAGCGGCAUAAACAAAAUUAGAGCCAAGACUCUGGAAGUCCACGGGUUCCGAAAGCUGCAAUCUCUGAUCCGAGAUAGUAAAACUGUCUUCACUGAUCAAAGAUUCGAAGCCCUUCUGGUUGGCUUGUUCCAGUACUUGGAGGACCCUCUGGCUGAUCUCCCCGCAGGCAAAUCCCAGGAUGUGAAGGCUCAAAUUCUCACGACUAUCAAGCUCUUGUUGAAAAAGGAGCGAAGGAACUUCCAGCCCCAUGUUUCGCGAGGUCUCGAGUCCCUCCUCCAGACUCGCGGCUGCUACGAUACCCGAGCCCAUGUGGUGAGCGGCCUAGAGCUGUUGGCAGAUGAGCUUGUUACCCUCAGUGACGGCUCCGAGACUGUCGUCGUGCUCACAAAGCGCCUGCAGUCCUGCAGUGACGCCACGACUGAAGGUUGCCGCACUCUUAGCAUGGGCCUUCACGUCCUGAAAGAGAUGCUAGCAAAGCGACCCGAGUACAUCCCUACUCAUAAGGAGCUCUUGCAGCUCACCAACCUGGCAGGCCGGUGUCUUGAGUCAGCCGAUUCAGGCGUUCGCAUGGACGCUGUCAAAUUCUGCGUUGCUCUACAUACUCGUGUUAGGGAGGCGGCUUUCUGGGAGGCCAUGGCUGGAAUCAAGGACGAUCCUAAGAGCCUGAUAACGUAUUACAUUGUCAAGAAGCAGCGUGAAGACGGGAUGCAUUCAUGA